AUGCCCCCCUCCUCCGCCUUCCAGUGGUUUCUCCUCGUCUGCCCUGCUGUCAUCAUCCUCUCCUACUUCGUCACCGUCUUCCCCCACACCCCGCAGUCCGUCCACAUACACUCCUCCCUCGCCCUGCUCGACAAGUCCCAUCCAAGCUGGACAUUGUACCCCGACAACUUCUACGAAGGCGGGGCUUAUGUGAGGCUGCCAUAUGGAUCCGUCCGAUAUUGGCUCAUCGGCCCUGAGGACGGCCAGAGGGUUGUCCUCAUCCACGGCCUUUCUGUGCCCUCUAUCAUCUGGAAAGACGUUGCGCCUAAGCUUGCCGCGAAAGGCCAUCGCGUCUUGCUCUACGACCUUUAUGGCCGUGGCUACUCCGAUGCGCCACACACAACGUACGACGCUAACCUAUACAGCACCCAACUCGCCCUUCUUCUACAGCACAUACGCUGGGAAAGAGCAAGCAUAGCCGGGCUCUCUAUGGGUGGCGGGAUUGCAGCCACUUUCAGUGCCCAAUUUCCCCAUCUUGUCACAAACAAGAUUGUUCUCAUCUCAAGUGCAGGGUUGAUGGAGUCGUCGGACUUGUCACGCACCACCAAAUUCCUGUCCUCGCCUCUCAUGCAAGCGGUUACCUCAAGUGUGCCGUUCCGUUUCUACCUCCAGUACCUUGCCAACCAGACACCGUCGAACGACUCCAUCGGCGAGCUUGUCCGCAUACAGUCUGCUUAUCUCCCGGGAUACAAUCUCGCACUGGCGUCUUCGAUACGGGACGGUCCCCUGCGCAGUCUAGCCCCGCAGUUUGCUGCGUUGGGGCGACACUCGCGGAAGACAGGAGGGCAGGCCCUCGUUAUCUGGGGCACAAACGAUAAAGUGGUCCCGUACCGCUACGCGUCGCGCGUGCAGACUCUCAUCCCGCACUCGGAGCUGGUCACGAUCCAGGGCGGGCCGCACGACAUCACGAUCUCGCACCCAGACGAGGUCGCUGCCGCGAUGAUCGAAUUCCUCGGUCGGUGA